GGUUUUGGUUACACGUAGGCACCCGACCUUCCACCGACUUCAUCAUCCCCAACUCCCCAAGCCCGUUCCUCCUUAGCCCCACGUCACCGCCGCCUCCGCCUCCCCGCCGGCGAUGGACCUGCCAACCCCGUCGCCGUCUCCGUCUCCGUCUCCGUCGGAUUCGCCGCCGCCGGUCAACUGGGAUUCGCUCGACGCCCUCGUUCUCGACUUUGUCAGAUCCGACCGCCUCAUCGCCCCAUCCGCUUCCCCAUCGCCGCCCUCAUCCCCAUCCUCCUCCACCACCACAGCCACCUCCACCUCCUCCUCAUCCCCAUCCACCUCGACCUCCUCUUCUUACUGCUCGCGCAUCCUCAUCCGCCUGGCCCGUCGCGCGCUCGAGGCUGGUGACGUCGACGCCGCCCUCGCGCUCCUCCGAGCUCACGCCCCUGCCGCGCUUCUCGAUCACCGCCUCCUCUUCCACCUCCACAAGCAGAGAUUCGUUGAGCUGGUCAGGAGGGGUACGGAGGCAGACAGGGAAGCGGCGCUGGAUUGCCUCCGCACAGCUCUCGCGCCUUGUGCCCUCGACGCCUACCCGGAAGCUUACGAGGAAUUCAAGCAUAUACUGCUGGUUUUGAUAUAUGACAAAGAUGAUCAAUCUUCCCCGGUCACCAACGAGUGGUCUAUAAAGAGGAGAUUUGAACUUGCUGGAUUGCUGUCAUCCAUAUUAAGAGCUCAGCUACAGGCUUAUGAUCCUAUUCUCUCAAUGACCUUACGGUACUUAAUAAGCAUUCACAAAGUAUUUUGCUCGAGGCAAGGAAUUUCAUCACCUAUAUCUGAUCUGACUGAGCGUCUACUCUUUGAGGACCGUGAUCUACCUGCAGUUCCUCAUGAAUGUUCAGUAGAAGCACCGCCAUUUGACGAGGUUGAUGUUCAAGCCCUAGCACAUGCAGUUGAGUUGACAAGGCAAGGCGCUGUUGACAGCUUAAAGUUUGCAAAAGGAGAUCUAUAUCAAGCAUUUCAGAAUGAACUAUGCCGAAUGAAGAUGGACCUGUCGCUUCUGGAUAAACUUGUACAUGAGUACUGUGUAUACAGGGGAAUAGUUGAAGGCUGUUCUCAUGCCCUUCCUGGAACUUCUGACUUGAAAUGUAGUCAAAACACUGAUGUUAGUUCCAUAAAUAAACAAAGAACCGAUAGUGAAACACAUCUUGAAUGUGAGAUGGCUGACAAUCAGGAUGGCGGCUGUAGCACCAGUGAUAUUACCUAUCAUGAUUCCUGGUCCAAGAGAAUACGAAAGGAUAGAAGUAGUACAUCAGGGCAGGGAAGACGAAAGAGAUGGAGAGGUCGAUCCGAUGAUCUGAAUUAUGCCUGUGAGACGCCAGCGGAUGGAGAUCGUGAAAUCUUGUCUCCUUCCUUUGACAUGGACGAAGAUGUUCUGAUACAGAAACAGGACCUGGUGGCAGAUUCUGGUUUUUCUGAUACUAGGGAUAUGCAAGAUCAGAAGUAUGAGGUUAUUUUGGAGAUGAGGGACCUCACAAGAAAAGGAAUGGCUUCUAAAGUUGUGGAUGAAAUAAACGACAUAGAUCCUGGUUUUUUCACCCAAAAUCCCGUUCUUCUGUUUCAGCUAAAACAGGUUGAGUUUCUUAAGCUAGUAGCUGGUGGUGAUCAUGUAGCUGCUCUCAAGGUUGCAUCCUCUCAUCUGGGACCUAUUGCUGCCAGUAACCAAGCUUUACUGAAGCCUUUGAAGGAAACUUUGGUAACACUCAUACAACCCAGUGAAAAUGUACUCACAAAGGCAGUAUCCUUGCCUGUUCUUGCAAGUUCUCUACAGCUUGCUAUAAGCAGGAGGCUUGGUAUUGAGGAACCUCAGUUGAUGAAGAUAAUCAGGACAACACUUCAUACACACACUGAAUGGUUUAAACUUCAGAUGUGCAAAGACCAUUUUGAUAAUUUUUUGAAAAUUGAUUCUCUAAAAGAGAUUGAUCCAUCUGUGAGUCACAGUAUGUCCAAAGCUCCAACAGAUGAAUGUGGAAAUGGUUCUUCUCAAAUCACAACAUGCUCAAGUGGCAAGGUUCCAGAUGAAGGUAGUAGCCCUCAAGUGCUGUCAGAAGUUGCCUGUGAUGAAAGUGCUAUAAUCAAAGUUAUGGAAUUCCUUGCUUUGCCAAGGGCGGAUGCCAUCCAACUGCUCAUGCAGUACAGUGGAGAUGCAGAGACAGUCAUCCAGCAAAUCUUUUCGUAGUUCUGUAUGUACAGACCACACAUGUUCUAUUCGUUUUCGAAAGUAAAAUAUUUCUUCAUACUUGUCCUCCAUUAGCUGUAUUUGAACUAGGUUCCCCCUUUCAAUCGUGUGUGUCCAUGUAACACUGAAACAUUGAAGAAAAACAUACGAGGCACCAAAGAAUAAAGAAGCAGGAGCAUGUAAUGAAAAUCUUUAAACUUGUGAUGGAUGGUUUGAUCUCA